AUGCCAGUGCCGCUCAUCAUAGACCCAACAUCCUCUCUUCUUUCUCACCCCGGGGUGGUCAUCCUCGACGCCUCAUGGCUGUACGAACCUGACCCGCCUACACGCAACGCAUACGACGAGUUCAACGCGGGCCCUCGUUUCCCAAAUGCGCGUUUCUGGGACCUAGACGCCGUUUCCGAACCUCAUCCCGACGGGUACAGCUUGAUGCUCCCGUCGCCUGAGCGAUUCGCGGCCUUUGCUGGGAAGCAUGGUAUAACUAAAGAUUCCCACGUGGUGGUGUAUGAUAGUGAAGGCAUUUUCUCAGGUCCCCGGACUGCAUGGACCUUCAAGAUUUACGGACACGAGAAAGUGUCAGUGAUUAACGGCGGUCUGCCACGGGCAAAGAAGGAGGGUAUCAAUCUCGAAACAGGCCCACCACAACAUUUCGAAGAAACCCAAUAUCCGGUUCCUACCGUGAAGCAUGACGCUGUUGUUCAGUUCGACGAAGUUCUGAGACUCGCACAGCGCCCAUCACCCUCCUCCGAGGGCGUAUUUUUGAUUGAUGCAAGACCCGUCGCGUCCUAUGAGGCUGGCCAUAUACCUACAUCUCUUCUUCUGGACUUCCCUUCGUCCCUUCUCCGGGACACGAGAGAUUUUACCUACAUUCGACAGCCAGACGACUUGAAGAAUCACAUUGCGCAACGACUUGGGCAAGAUAAGCUCGACCAGAUCAUCGCCAGCAAAGUGACGGUUGUUAAUAGUAAGGUCUACUGUUGCAAAAGCUUCCAGCUCGAAUACUAA